UUAGCUGUGUGGUCUAUGUUGACGUGAUUAAAGGACUCUUUAAGGAAAAUGUCAGAGCAAACGAUAACAGUGACAGUUGCAUACGGAUCUACUAAGAACAGCAUCACAUUAACGGGUCAUGAUGAUGCUAAGGGUCCGACUGUCAAAGACUUGUCAGAUGCUCUCACUCAAGCCACUGGAGUCCCAGCAGCCUCACAGAAACUCAUCUUCAAAGGAAAAUCACUGAAGGACAUGGAGGAGAGUCUGUCCAGCUAUGGAAUAAAAGAGGGCUCGAAACUCAUGAUGAUUGGAAAGCGAAACAGUCCUGAGGAAGAAGCUGAACUGAAGAAGCUGAAAGACAUUGAGAAAUCUGUGGAGCAGAUGGCUAAAAAGCUGGAAAAGGUGGAUGGAGAGUUGACUGGACUCAAGAAUGGCUUCCUGGCCAAAGACCUCCAGGCAGAGGCGCUGGGUAAACUAGAUCACAGAGUGAAAAUAGCAGCAGAGCAGUUCAUGAAGAUUCUGGAGCAGAUAGAUGCUAUGAGUAUCCCAGAAAAUUUUAAUGAUUGUAGAAUGAAGAAAAAGGGACUUGUAAAGACAGUGCAGGAUUUCCUAGCUCAGUGUGACAAGAUCGAAGCCUGUAUAUCAGACCACCUAUCAAAGAUCCAGUCGAAAAACCUUGCCCUGGCAGAGUAGGGCUGCAAAGACAAAGUCUCCCAUAUCAUGUGCUAUACAUUGCUCUGUGAGCAACUCCAAAGUGUACAGAAAGCUCCAGGUGUGGAGCAGAUCCUUGUCUAUUUAUUGUUGGUGUGAUGUGUAUGAGAAAUCCCUCAUCACAGAGAAUCCUGUGAACAGAAGGAGGCUGGUCGAUGACACUGAUGCUUGGUGCACCACAUACAUUCUCUGGGUCAAAGGCAGAUGUGAGGUGUUUUCUGAGAUAUUUUAACCACAGGCAUCAGGGGUGCUUUGAAUUGUGGAAAAUUAUGUAGAUCCCUUUAAAGCAUCCAAAACUGGUGAUCAACAGAACUACCACUGCCAAAUAUCUGUGAAAUUAUCCAUGAGGAUGUCAGAAAACUGAAAAAUUCAUCAGUUCAUCACCCAGUAAAUGACAAACAAUACAAUAACACAGAAAACACGGUUUUUGUUUUGUUUUUUCCUCAUUGUGAUGUACCAACUGCUGAGUGUUGCAUAUGGGAAUUUGUACACACAUGACCAAAAGUAGAUGGACACAUGAACAUUACAUUACAAAAUGAUAAUAAUAAUAAUAAAAAAUAAUAAUUUGCUAUGCUAACAGCCUCCGCUAUUUUUAGGAGCACUUUCCAUAGGACAAAAGGUGUUGGGGGGGUGGGGGGGUUGAGGUCAGGGCUAUGUGCAGCCUGGUCAAGUUCUUCCACAUUAAAACUUUUUUACGGAUCUCAAUAUGUGCACAAUAGUACUGUCAUUUGCCUUUCCCAUUAAGUUAGAAGCACACUAUUGUCUAAAAUAUUAUUGUAUACUAAUUGGAAAUAAAACUAGAGCUGAAAACAGGUACAAAUGUGAAAUAUUUUCUAAUCCCAUUUUCUCAUUUGUGAGGAUUUGCUGC